CCGCGCUCCCGCCCCUCCGCCGCGGGGGUCCCCUCGGCGCUGGGCAGCGCGCCCGGCUCGAUGGAGGGGCGGCUCGGCGCGGGCCCGGCCGGCUCCGCGCGCCCCGUGACGCCGCGCCGCUUUGCUGGGUUUCCUCGUGCUUUUGGAGUGCAGUUAAGGGCUGGAGAAGAUACAAGGAGAGUGAGAGGCACUCACGCUGCCGCUUCUUUGUGAGUAAUCCAAGAGAAACAACUGCCAACCACUGCCACGUUUUCAUCUGUUGGUAAACAUCAGCUGCCGCUUGGCCUUGAGGGAGGAAGACUGAAUUAGUUCCAGAUGGAGAACUCUUUCAGCCCAUCUAGACUUUCCAGUUGAUUGGAGCCAGCAGGCAGAAAACAUGGAGCAGCCCACAUGAAGAAUCCUGUGGAGUUUAUAUUCCUGCAAGAUGUCCUUGGAAGGACCAAACCCAGUUUUCCAGGCCCCUGGGAGAUGAAACAUUGACCACAUGACAUUUUUCUUUCAACAAGUGCUUCGUCAGUGUUGCUUUGUGUGAAAGACAAAGAAUACUUGGAAAUAUUUGGAAUAUAAAUCUUUCUUCACCUCACCAUGUCGGCCGUGUCGAGUGCCCUGACCCCCGAGGCCCCGAGCCCUCCCCAGCUGGAGGAGAAGCCAAAAGGAAAAUCCCUCUUCCAGCUGGGCUCCCUCUUUGCCAACAGGAGUGAGAAAUUUGUGAUUGCUCGCAGUGACAGUUUGCCAGAGGAGAAUGUCCUGAAAAUCACCAUCACAGAGACCACGGUCAUCGAGUCCGACCUGGGCAUCUGGAGCUCCCACGCCCUCAUCUACCUCACCUUGUGGUUUUUCUUCAGCUUUUGCACUCUCUUCCUUAACAAAUACAUCCUGUCCUUGCUGGAGGGGGAGCCCAGCAUGCUUGGUGCUGUUCAGAUGCUUUCCACCACCUUCAUUGGCUGCAUCAAGAUGUUUGUCCCUUGCUGCCUGUACCAGCACAAGACCAGGAUCUCCUACCCCCCCAACUUCAUCAUGAUCAUGCUCUUUGUUGGGUUAAUGAGAUUUGCAACAGUGGUCCUGGGGCUGGUGAGCCUGAAGAACGUGGCAGUUUCAUUUGCAGAAACUGUGAAAAGCUCUGCCCCAAUUUUCACUGUCAUCAUGUCCCGCAUGAUUCUGGGGGAGUACACUGGGCUGCUGGUGAACCUGUCCCUGGUGCCCGUGAUGGGGGGGCUGGCUCUGUGCACAGCCACUGAAAUCAGCUUCAACAUCCUGGGCUUCUCUGCUGCCCUGUCCACCAACAUCAUGGACUGUUUGCAAAACGUCUUUUCCAAAAAACUACUCAGUGGAGAUAAAUACAGAUUUUCAGCCCCAGAGCUUCAGUUCUACACAAGUGCUGCUGCUGUGGUUAUGCUCAUUCCAGCCUGGAUAUUUUUCAUGGACGUGCCUGUGAUUGGGAAGAGUGGGAGGAGCUUCAGCUACAACCAGGACAUUGUGGUUCUCCUCCUGAUUGACGGAGUCCUGUUCCACCUGCAGAGUGUCACUGCCUAUGCCCUGAUGGGCAAGAUUUCCCCUGUCACCUUCAGCGUUGCCAGCACUGUCAAGCACGCCCUGUCCAUCUGGCUCAGCAUCAUUGUCUUUGGGAACAAGAUCACCAGCCUGUCAGCCGUGGGCACUGUGCUGGUCACCGUGGGGGUCCUGCUCUACAACAAGGCCAAGCAGCACCAGCAGGAGACCCUGCACAGCCUGGCCACGGCCCCACCACAGCCCCCGGGGCCCACCGAGGACACCGAGCCCCUGAUCCCCAAGGAUCUGGAGCCCUAUGACUGACUCAUGGGGCUCUGCAGCCUGCCAGGCGAGCGCGGUUCCACGGGGAUCCCCCUGGAUGGGGCUGUUCCUUUGAGUUCCUGAAAUCCUCCUGGAUGGGGCUGUUCUUCAAAUCCUCCUGGAUGGGGCUGUUCUUCAAAUCCUCCUGGAUGGGGCUGUUCUGCAAAUCCUCCUGGAUGGGGCUGUUCCUUUGAGUUCCUCAAAUCCUCCUGGAUGGGGCUGUUCCUCAGCUCCUCCUGGAUGGGGCUGUUCCUUUGAGUUCCUGAAAUCCUCCUGGAUGGGGCUGUUCCUCAAAUCCUCCUGGAUGGGGCUGUUCCUCAGGUUCCUGAAAUCCUCCUGGAUGGGGCUGUUCCUUUGAGUUCCUGAAAUCCUCCUGGAUGGGGCUGUUCCUUUGAAUUCCUGAAAUCCUCCUGGAUGUGGCUGUUCCUCUGAGUUCCUCAAAUCCUUCUGGUUGUGGUUGUUCCUGUGAGUUCCUCAUAUCCUCCUGGAUGUGCCUGUUCCUUUGAGUUCCUCACAUCCUCCUGGCUGUGGUUGUUCCUCACAUCCUCCUGGCUGUGGCAGUUCCUCAAACCCUCCUGGCUGUGGCAGUUCCUCAAACCCUCCUGGCUGUGGCAGUUCCUCACACCCUCCUGGCUGUGGCAGUUCCUCAAACCCUCCUGGCUGUGGUUGUUCCUCAAACCCUCCUGGCUGUGGCUGUUCCUCAAACCCUCCUGGCUGUGGCUGUUCCUCUGGUUCCUUUGAGUUCCUGGCAGGUCUCACCCAGGAUUUGAAGCAGGGAGGAGCCGGGAAGGAUCCAGGAAAACCUUGGGAAGCUGAUGCCCCAAAGAGAGGACGUGGAACGUGGCAAACGUGGGCUUUGUUGUGUUUCCUUGACUCCAAAUCACAUCCAGGCCUGUGCUGGUGGAAGAACUUCGGUGUCCUGUGGGAAAACAAUUCCUGUCUCCGUCCCCAUCCAAACAAUGUGAAAAUGGGGCCCCACCACUGAAUUCUGCUGGCAGAGGGAUGGAGUUGGUGCCUCCUGGAGGUUUCUGGUUGUUGCUCUGCAUUUCCUGCACCCUCCAUCAUUCCCGUGUGCUGCAGAGAUGGAGAAGUCCAAGGAGGGGAUUGUCCUACUACUCCUCAAGCCCCCAAGAGCUCCAGGAGCGUUUGGACAGCACAAGAAGGGGUUUUGGGGUGGAUUUUGAUUUCUGUGCAGGGCAGGAGUUGGACUGGAUGGUCCUUGUGGGUCCCCUCCCGCUCAGGAGAUUCCAUAAUUCUAAGAAGGGUUGGAAUUCCCGCCCUUCCAUCCAAAAAAACCCCAAAUUUCAAGGGUUUGCUUGAAGCAAACUGUGGGAAAUGAGCUGUGGUGAGCACCUGCUGCUGGCUACAAAUCCAGGAUUUGUAGUGGUUCAAAAUGUACAAAUUUAAGGUGGGAAGAUUGCAUUCUGAUCAUUUAUGGACAGGACUGAAAUGCAAAUAUUCACCCACGUGAAUUACCCUGUGUAAAUGGAGCGUUGAAUUCAAUACUUGUGGUUGUUUAGAGGAAAAAAAAAACCACUGAAAAUUGUGGUGACAAAGGAAGCAGGAUCUCUGUAUUUCUGUAAAAAAAAAGAUUUUGUUGUUUUAAUUUCAUUUUAUUAUGCAUGAGGAAAGAAAUUGAUGUUGUUUUUUUUUUAUAUUAUUUCUAAGAGUGCAACAAAAAGCUGCCUUUUAGAAACUCAGGGUUAUGAGUCUGACCUGUGUGUAAAAUAUCUAAUUUCUGAUUAUAUA